GAAACAAGCCUUGCGUAUAUAUAAUAUAGAAAUGGAGCAGUAGAUUUCACUCUGCUGUACAGUAUCACCGUUUGUACCGCAAACUGGUCGUGCGCUUCGGGCCACAGUGCUCAAUUAGGGUUUCCGAUGACGUACUGGACCGCAGUGUUUCUGAUGGUGGCUGCCAGCUCUUUGGCUACGGUCGCCGCCGUUUUGGACUAUUCCAGAAGCCAACGUUACUGGGACGAACUCAACCCCGAAGAAUCCGGCCGCUAUCCCAACGAAAAUCUCAGGACUUACGUGUUCAAAGGAGGCAACAAACAUUUCGUCACUCCCGUGUUUCCAGAAAUGGACGCCAGAGGCUUUCACGAGUACGUGUUUGACGGGCUACAACCGGACUUUCAGUGGCCGUCAAUCAAGUACAAAAGGAACUACUACCCGCAAGGCAUUACUUCUAGAGGGUUCAGCGAUGACAUAUUCCAUCAAAGCUUUGGGAUGUUCGAACCGUUAAAAAGGUCGGUGUCCAGGACUUCGCCAGCCGUGGCCAAAUUGUUGCGUCGCCUAAACCCGAACACUACUGCGGUGAAACGCAGGCCCGAAAUGGACGCCAACGGAUUCCACGGCGAUUCGUUCACCGACGGAAUGGACCGGUUCGACACGAUGAAGCGCCGGCCCGAAAUGGACGCGACCGGUUUCCACGGCGAUUCGUUCACCGACGGAAUGGACCGGUUCGACACGAUGAAGCGCCGGCCCGAAAUGGACGCGACCGGUUUUGAAGGUGACUCGUUUACCGGUUUCGGUCGGUUCGAGACGAUGAAGAAAAAUGCCCACAAACCGUCCGACACCGUCGCAGCUCAUUUCAACGACAACAUCAACAACGCUUAAAAGAUCAACCAUCUUUAUAGGAGCCGAGCGCGCUAUUAGCGUUUUACGAAUCGUAGAAAUAGUUCAUCCAUACAGUGUUAUUAUAAUUCAUCUUUUCAUUAUUAUUACCUAUUAUUAUCGUUAUCAUUAUAAAAAUUUAAUUAUUUUAUUCCAUAGUUAAUACAUUUUAUGAAACAUUUUCCGAGAGCUAUGGUAAAUAUGUGUACCUUUAUCAAGACAAUAUAUUUGUUCUGAUGUGAAUAAAUAUUUCAUUAAACCUCUGAUCCUGAACACCGUGCUACUUGCAAAGUACAGAACACCAGAGGUGGAAUCACACAACCCGAACUUCAAUCCAUAUGUGUAAACAAAUCUAAUUAAUACUCAUUUUAGAUACAA